UGGUAUGUGCGAGAGUCGUGGUUGAGAGAAGAGGUCGGGACGGGAUGGAGGGGUAAGCGGCGGCUUUAUAUAGCCGCCGCCUCUUACGACUGCCAUAUCAGGUUAUUAGCAUUAUUAUCUCCUGCCUACGACUGACUACUGGCUAGUGUUCAACGCGAGCAUGUUUCUGCACGCUGGCCACCCCGCCCCACGAAAUGAGGCCAAAACGCCAAUCUGAGUGAGAUAUUAAAUGUGCAUAUUUGCGCAAAACAGAGCAGAUGCGAGUUGCGUUGUUUCGGGAGAAAUCGCUCAACUUGUUACUCGAAGGGGUAUGCCACGGAGAGAUAUAUGCCAGGAAAAUCAUCUUACGAGUUGUUUUUGCCUCCUGAGCUAACGUCAACGCAAGAGCAAAGAGAAUCGGGCUUUGGUCUUCUGGCUGUAGUUAUUAUUGGUUGAUUCUCAUCUGGACAGGGAUCAAGAUGACUGGUUCUAUCUCGUGCCUGUGCGGACGUGCAGCCCAGGACAUUGUGCUGGAGCCAUCGACAGAUCACUCUAUCAUCCAUUUAUGUCACUGCGACAGUUGUCGAGCCAUAACGGGGUUGCUUUGCUCCUCGUAUCGCCUCUUACACACUCGUCCACAGAAACUUGAGAGUCUUGGUGAAUACAACCAAUCAGAGGGUAUCUGCCGCUAUUUCUGUAGAACGUGCGGUGCCCAUGUCUUUGUUCAUCUGGAGCACUCAGACCAGUUCUUGGUCGCAUCGGGAUUGCUUGUAACAAAACCCCCUCAACUCCUAUCAAUCCAGCAUUGGCAGAUCGGCGACACUCACGACGGAGGACUGAGCUCUUUUCUUCCUGGUGAAUCAGUGGCCACGAGACCAGGAUAUUGUCGGCUUCAUGCAGAAAUACGUGCCCAAAGUCCAGCAGAAGCUAUACCAGAAUACCUCGAGAGUCCUGAUACGGCAUCAGAUUCGGAGCACUAUCGCAUAUUACAAGCACAAUGCUACUGUGGGGGAGUCGAAUUCCAUAUCACUCCACCAGAUUCAUCGUCCAAAGAUGCAUAUUCGCCGUGGCCAGACCUGUUGGUGCCUUAUCAUUCAACAUCUUCGGUGAAUACCGAAGACGUGAAAUGGUGGCUGCAAACAGGAAACACCAAGUAUCUCGCUGGAACCUGUGCCUGCGAUUCAUGUCGUCUGGCCAGUGGGUUCCCCAUUCAGACAUGGGCGUUUGUCCCAAGGUCGAAUAUUUCCAACAUAGACCGGUCACUCACAAUGCAGCAAUACGAAAGUUCACCAGGUGUGUACCGAGAAUUCUGCAGUCGCUGUGGAGCAACCGUCUUUUGGCAUUGUCAAGAAAGACCACGGAUCAUUGAUGUAAGCGUGGGCUUGCUUCAUGCGAAGAGCGGCGCCCGAGCUGAAGAGUGGUUAGAAUGGGCUACGGGACGGGUGAGCUUCGCAGAGAUGGCGCUGGAAAAGAAAUUGAUCCAGAUGCUAGAGAAAGGCCUGAGAAACUGGAAGCAGGAAAAAGGGCCCCAGACCAUCGGAUCCAAAUAUCCUGGUGCUCUAUAGCAGUGAAACAUUUAUUCACUGGAUAGUCGGAGUAGAGAAUGCCUUGAACUUAGUCAAGUUUACGGCAGGUCGAGUCAAACCAUACGACCACUCUGCAGAGUGCGCGAGGAACUUAAAAGUGAAUAUUAUGGGUUCAACCCGUAUAAUUCCAUCAUUAAAUCAUUGCUCUAAUCUUGAUAAUUUC